UCAUAAAUGGCACCUGCCUUUUCUAGCUGUGUGCGCUCCCUGGGAGCGCACAGCACCACGAUCCGGUGCCCGCUGUGUCCUCUCUGUACGAGGUCCCGAUCAUGUGAUCACUGAUUGGCCAAUCAGUGAUCACUACGUGUGAAAUCUGUGAAUGAUCACAGAGGUCACAUGGUACAAGGCUAUUCACAACAGCCUUGUACCAUGUGACAAGCUGUGACCAAUCACAGCUCACUCAGUAC